GGGUUCCGGCUCCGGCCCCUCCCCCGGCCCACCGAGGCAGCGAUAUCCCUGACCCAACGGCGGGAGCGAGGGCUCGGAGAUGGGCAGUGAGAAGGAGCAGGAUCCAGAGCAGCACCUGCCUGAGGAAGGGGAGCGGGGUAAGCCCUGGAGAGUGGAUGACUCAGAGGGCUUUCGGAUCCCAGCUGGGGAGAAAGAGCAUGGGCCAGAGAGCCAGUCGGUGGGGCUGCAAGGGAUCCAUCCAAAACGGCCAUGGCAGAAAGUCAUUGUACCCACUGGAAAGCCAGGGGACCCCAUUGCUCAGCCAAGGCCUGAGGCCGAGGAGAAGCCCUUUGUAUGUGCCCAGUGUGGCAAAACCUUCAAUAAUACCUCCAACCUGAGAACACACCAGCGGAUCCACACGGGUGAGAAACCUUACAAAUGUUCUGAAUGUGGCAAGAGCUUCUCGAGAAGCUCCAACCGCAUCCGGCACGAGCGGAUCCACCUGGAAGAGAAGCACUACAAAUGCCCCAAGUGUCAGGAGAGCUUUCGGCGGCGCUCGGACCUCACCACGCACCAGCAAGAUCACCUGGGCAAGCGGCCGUACCGCUGUGACAUCUGUGGUAAGAGCUUCAGCCAGAGCGCCACGCUGGCCGUGCAUCACCGGACCCAUCUCGAGCCCGCGCCCUACAUCUGCUGUGAGUGCGGGAAGAGCUUCAGCAACAGCUCCAGCUUUGGGGUGCACCACCGCACCCACACAGGCGAGAGGCCUUACGAGUGUGCCGAGUGUGGGCGGACCUUCAGCGAUAUCUCCAACUUUGGAGCCCACCAGAGGACCCACAGAGGGGAGAAGCCCUACCGGUGCACCCUGUGCGGGAAACACUUCUCCCGGAGCUCCAACCUCAUCCGCCACCAGAAAACGCACGUGGGAGAGCAGGCUGGGAAAGAGUCCACCUGAAGGAGAGUGAGGGGAGAGAGAGACCCUCUAGGAGUAUAGAAAGAUCUUUAGGACCUGCUGCUGCCUCCUUGACCUCAGCCCCUUCACCCCACUUUGGAGGAUGGUUUCCCGAUGCCUCUGAAGCCAGGAUCUGCAGGAUGCCUUGAGAAGGGACUCGAAUAAAAAUCCUUGCCCCCUUCCAAUCCAGUUUCUUGCCUUGGAAAGUCAGAAGAUCUGGUCUUGGCUUUGUCUCCUUGGGGUGAAAGAGAAAUAGCAUAGGUUUAGUACAUGCUCAUUUCAUUAGGGCCACUGUCCCUGGCCUUUGAGGAAGUACCUACGCGAUGGGCAUCUCUGUCUGAAGAUCCUCCAAACCGUGUACGAAGUGCUUAGGACACAGCGCAGUGGCCUGCUAGCUCCCAUCUGCUGUGCCCCCGCUGGGCUAGGGGGAGCACUCCGCCCAAUGGAAGGGGCCUCCUUGGCCUGGAGGAGAGGCCUGAGGUCCUGCCUUAGAGGUGAAAGGGCAGCCGCCAGAGAGCUGUGACCCGGGGACCUUCACACUGCCCCCUGUGUGUGACUUGUUAUCCCCACCCCAACCUGCCUCUGUUCCCCGAGUGAUGAGCAGUAAAACCCU